UUUCAUUAGCAUAUGACGCGGGAAGGCGGAAGCGGUGGCGCAAUGGGGCGGUGCGGGGCCGCCCUGCGCCUGGCCCUGGAGGGGAACAUCGCCGUGGGGAAAUCCACCUUCCUGAAGCUGCUGGGUGCCACCUUCCCCGAGUGGCACUUUGUGACCGAACCCGUGGCACAAUGGCGAAAGGUGCCGGCCGGCGGCCCGGCGGAGGCGCCCGUGGGCUCCGCCAACCUUCUCCAGAUGAUGUACCAGGAGCCGGCUCGCUGGUCCUACACCUUCCAGACCUUCUCCUGCAUCAGCCGGCUGAAGGCGAUGCUGGAGCCGCCGCCCCAGCAGCUCCCCGGGACCCCCCACCCCGUGCAGGUCUUCGAGCGCUCCGUCUACAGCGACAGGUACGUCUUUGCCAAGAACCUCUUUGAGGCCGGGCACCUGCAGCCACUGGAGUGGGCCAUUUACCAGGACUGGCACGGCUUCCUCCUGCGGCACCUGGGGCCCCGCGCCGCCCUCCACGGCUUCCUCUACCUGCGGGCAACGCCGGAGACGUGCCUGGAGCGGCUGCGGCGGAGGGCAAGGAGCGAGGAGAGGAGCAUCCAGCUGAGGUACCUGCAGCAGCUCCACGCCCAGCACGAGCACUGGCUGGUGGAGAAGACCACGGAGGUCCACUUUGCGAGCGUGAAGCACACGCCCGUCCUGGUGCUGGAUGUGGACGAGGACUUCGAGCACGACGCGGCCGUGCAGGGCGUCCUCAUGGCGCAGGUGGAGGCUUUUGAGACGGCGCUGCGAGCCAAAGAUUUGCCAUCGUGCCCCGACCCUCUCUGAGGAGCAUCAACCGCCGCGAGCUCUGACCGAAGAUCCCGAUGCCAAGGACAAGGGACAAGUCCCAGGCCCCAGCCAGCCCCCCACCCCCCCCAUCCUUUUAUUUUGGGCGAGGGGUGUAUUUAAGGUGCUGGACAAGCACAGGAUGGUUUUAAGGCGAAUAAUCGGAGGCGCAGCCGUGUGAUGAGCUCCGGGGCAGCGUGGCAUGACCCCCGUGCUCCCCCCAGCACGCGUAGGGGACCAGGUCACCGCCACAACCCCCUCCCCAUUUUGGGGGAUCCCUGGGCGGGGGCGGGCAGAGCCGGGGAUGCUCCCUGAGGUGGAUUUAAUGCGCUGGUUAAAUUCCAACGAAAAAUCCUCGUGGCUCAUGCAGAAGUUACACCAACCCCCAUAUUUUAUUAUUUAUAUAGAUAUUUUUUUUUCCCCUUAAAUUAAAAGUGACAUUGA